UGAUCCGGAAGUAUUUUUGGAUGUGAUGAAAGAUGAGGUUUUUGCCUCCGUUGGCGACUCUCUUGGUCGCAAUCAGAUGGAAUCGGUUAUGUGUCUACUUGCAAAGGUUGAGGAACUUAAGUGGUAUCGAGACGCGACAUUUCACACUACAGCUUGGUAUUUUUCGUCGUAUAACUUCACUGUUGCUUUCAUUUGGUCUCCUUUUCUUGUGCAACCCGAAACUCCUACAGUAGAUACUCACUCAGUGAGGCCUAUACGCCUACAUCUCGAUAUUCCUGACAACGUUUGGGUGAAUCGAUAUCAUGAAUUCGACUAUGUACUAAUUGGUGACGGAGCUGGUUUGAUCAGCCUACAAUACUAUUGGAGAACAGCACUAUCGUUGGUUGUCACAAGUAGAUGGCUAGAGUUAAUAUAUAUGAACCCGAUUCAUUUGGAGAUGUUGGAUGUUUACCAUCUCUCGUUGCCUCGACCAGAUGGGCAUCCAGAUAAAUACAGAGGGGUCGAAGGGACUGCCCAUGACUGCCUGCACUGGUGCUUGCCCGGUCCAGUCGACGCUUGGAAUGAUUUGAUGAUGGCGAUGAUACUCAGGCACGAGGACCUCCUAUUGAGACGUUCAACCCUUAAUAUUGUUAGUGUAUGA